UUAAGUCAAAACGUUUUUAUAUAAGUUUUACUUAAAUAAUAGGUGUGUACUUUCACAGAUAAGCCAUGAAAUGAGAGAGAGAGAGUGCUGUCAGGUUCAGGCGCCAUGCUGGUGAUUGACAGAUUAUGACACAGGCUUACGUUGUCUUCGGUCGUCAUUGGUACAUCCGGGAGUUUGGAGUUUGAUUGACAGUUUCCAUAGUAACCUCCCAGGCCGUCGCCAUUUUGUCGGCAGGGUUUUUUUUUUUUUUUUUUUUUUUUUUUUUUUUAAGAACCUUUCAAAUGUUUUUGCUUCCCGCCGGAAUAAUAACGCCGCCGCCGUCGUCGCCUGAUCCGGAGUGACAGCUCGGCGCGGAGGAAAAAUUCUUCAGGGCGUUGUAGAGCAGGACUUUCUCAGAGCCGGCGUUCGGACAUGUUCGCGUUUUGAUUAGGCGGCAGCUCACGGAGCUCUCCUUGGGCUAGCCGUGUCUGGGGGGUCUACCGGGCCGGUCCGCUGCGCUGCGCAGGUUUGGAGCGCGCGCCAUUUUGUGGAAAUUUUACAGCGAAAAAGUGCAUUCUGGAGCAAGAAAAAAAAAGGGGGAGCACGGAUAGUAAGUGUGUACACCGCGGAGCAGGCCGUACCGCUGCGAACAACGCAACUGCUCCUUCCCUCCAGACGCUUAGAAUCAGUUCGGCGCCGUAAACCAGAGGAAACGGUCUCACUUUUGAACGAAAAGCUAGCAGCGGAAACCAGAGCGGCUAGCAUUCUAUGCUAGCCAUCUUCGGUCAAGUCAACGCUAGUUGACGACAGCUGGCUAGCGCUUAGUGCACCGUCUUACAACCGUGUGUGUAUGUGUGUGUUUGAUCUGCUAUGGCUGGUUUAACAAACAGCAGGACAUUAGGACGGGUUUGCAGCUUGACGCCUGUCAGUUAGCUUUGCUAGUUGCUCCGUGUGUGUGUGUAUAUGCAUGCCUGCAUGAGUGUGUAUUAGAGUGCCUCAGUCAUUGAACGCGUAGUAACCAACGUUACAGAAGCUGGAUCAUUGGCUUUACCUUUCCGGAUCUGGGCCUUUAAAUGAAGAUCACAUCACUAAAGGGGGAGAGACCUCAGCAUGCCAACCCUGGUCUGGCCGGCUUGCACGCUCUUUUUCUUUCAAUGCUGCUGGGUUUCACAUGGCUGCUCCGAUGCCUCAUUCACACCCGCAGCACACUGACUGUCACCAGCAGAGUACAGAGCAGUCUGGCACUGUACUACCAUACAGUGACCAGACACAUGCGCUCACUGCCAUUCAGAGGCACAUGCCCCAGUGUUUUCGUGAGCCAACCGCAGCUCCUUUGAGGAAGCUCUCUGUUGACUUAAUUAAAACCUACAAACACAUUAAUGAGGUCUAUUAUGCAAAAAAGAAACGACGGCAUCAACAGGGUCAUUGUGAGGACUCCAGCCAUAAGAAAGAGAAGAAAGUCUUCAAUGAUGGCUAUGACGACGACAACUUUGAUUACAUCGUCAAAAAUGGAGAGAAGUGGAUGGACCGUUAUGAAAUCGACUCUUUAAUAGGAAAGGGUUCAUUUGGGCAGGUUGUUAAGGCUUACGACCGUGCUGAGCAGGAAUGGGUAGCAAUCAAAAUCAUCAAAAACAAGAAGGCUUUUCUGAAUCAAGCUCAGAUUGAAGUGCGGCUGCUGGAGCUCAUGAACAAACAUGACACUGAAAUGAAAUAUUACAUAGUUCAUCUGAAGCGCCACUUCAUGUUUCGGAAUCACCUUUGCUUAGUGUUUGAAAUGUUGUCAUACAACCUGUAUGACUUGUUACGAAACACAAACUUCAGAGGGGUUUCCUUAAACCUGACACGGAAAUUUGCUCAGCAGCUGUGCACUGCACUGCUGUUUCUCGCCACUCCUGAACUCAGCAUCAUCCACUGUGACCUCAAGCCAGAGAACAUCCUACUAUGUAACCCCAAGAGAAGCGCUAUUAAAAUCGUUGACUUUGGAAGCUCCUGCCAACUGGGACAGAGGAUAUACCAGUACAUCCAGAGUCGAUUCUAUCGCUCCCCUGAGGUGCUGUUAGGAAUGCCAUAUGAUUUGACAAUAGACAUGUGGUCAUUGGGGUGUAUACUGGUGGAGAUGCAUACAGGAGAGCCUCUGUUUAGUGGCGCCAAUGAGGUGGACCAAAUGAACAAAAUAGUUGAAGUCCUUGGAAUCCCACCCAGUCACAUAAUGGACCUAGCACCAAAAGCCAGAAAGUUUUUUGAGAAGUUGUCAGAUGGGACGUGGAGUAUUAAGAAGACCAAAGAUGGAAAAAGGUACAAACCACCCGCUUCUCGUAAACUCCAUACCAUUUUGGGUGUGGAGGCCGGUGGACCUGGCGGGCGAAGAGCCGGCGAAUCUGGCCACGCAGUGGCUGACUACUUGAAGUUCAAGGACCUUGUGCUCAGAAUGCUGGACUACGAUCCCAAGACUCGAAUCCAGCCUUAUUAUGCGCUUCAGCACAGCUUCUUUAAGAAGACUGCUGAUGAGGGAACGAACACAAGCAGCAGUGUUUCAACAAGUCCUGCACUUGAGCAUUCGCAGUCCUCAGGGACCACUUCUAGUACAUCCUCCAGCUCAGGAGGAUCGUCUGGAACGAGCACCAGUGGCAGAGCGAGAUCUGAUCCCACUCACCAUCAUCGACACAGUGGAGGGCACGUUGGCACAGUGAUGCCAAGCAUAGACUGUGACAACCUUCGCCCUCAGAAAAGACAGCCUCACCAUCCUCCUGUAGUAUGGACUGAUAGUGUUGGCCCGGAAGCUGUCAGAGCUGUAGAGACGCAUCCAGUGCAGGAGACCACCUUUCAUGUGCCUCCCCAGCAUCCUAAAGCAUUACACCCUCAUCACCAUCACCACCACCACCAUCAUCACGGACAGGUCAUAACAGCAUUCCCUCGGUCACGGCUCUACAACUCGCCCACCAACAGCGCCUCCACACAGGACUCCAUGGAGGUUGGGCAUGGCCAUCUGUCCAUGACAUCGCUGUCUUCCUCUGCCUCCUCUUCCUCCACCUCUUCCUCUUCCACAGGAAACCAUGGCCACCUGUACCAGUUUCGCCAGGGGCCCACCACAGCCCUGGACUUCAGCCGAAUCGGGAGCAUGGGUUUGGGUGCCUUCUCGAAUCCCCGCCAAGAAACUGGCAUCGCUGGACAUCCACCGUACUCUGUUCCCUCCAACACAGGACCCGGGCACUUCAUAACAGAGGGACAUUUGGGAAUGAGACAAGGCAUUGAUAGAGAUGAGUCUCCGAUGACUGGAGUCUGCGUUCAGCCAAGCUCCAUGGCUAGUUCGUGACUAAUCUGAAAAUGUUUUGUUUUUCUGUAUGUGGUUAUUAUGAAAAAAAAAAUUUUUUUCUAGGUGAUAUUUUCCUUUUCUCCUAUUUUUAAAUGGUGCAUAGAGAACAAAAAGCUGCUCACUUUUUAGGGGAGAUAUCACUGAAACGCUACAACUGAAGAGUAUUUAAAAUAUAUGUAUGUUUUGUUUGGGGUUUUUUUUGUUUUGUUUUUUUCUCUCUCUCCCACUUAACAGACACAUUCGUAAUACUGCAAAAUGACCAUCAUAAGAUUGCAUCUGCCAAUCCACUUACUACACAUAGUACUCAUUUCUCACUCAUUGUUCAUUCAUUUUCUUUUUUUUUUUAAUCUGUUUUAAGUGUUUCAAAGCCAAGAACUGCCACACAGCUAUCUACAUGUAAAGCAAUGCAAAAAAUAACAUCCAUUUACGUUCCAAUGAUGAAACAUUCAGCAUUUUUUUCUUGAUAAUUUAUUUACCCUUUAAAAAAAAAAAAAAGCAACAAAAAAAAAAAAAAAAAAAAACAAAAGAAAAAAAAAAAACCUCUUAAAGGAGUCGUGUGUUUAAAACCUGUAGUGUGUGCAGGAAGAAGUACUCUCAGUGGUCUUUGGUGUUGUCUGUAUUGUGUAACUGUGAGAAGCGUGUGCUCAGACUGUGGGAGCAGACUGAGCUGCAGUAGAGUUCAGGCUGAAACGCGUCUUACUAUGUGUUCCAGUUAUGGAGAAGAUGCACUGAAUGGGGUCAGAUACAGAUAUUAAGGGUUCGAGUUACGAACCCUGUUGGCCUUAUGAUUUUUUUUUUAUUUUUUUUUUUUUUUUUGAACAUUUGAAUGAGAAGAACAUGGACAAUACUGUUCAGAUAAAGAUGGCUUUCCUCUUCUUUUAACAUAAAUGAUAAUUAUUUAGAGGAAUGCUGAGUAGAGUUAAAAAGUAAUCAAAAGGUUAAUAAGAGGCCUUUAUUUAACAAAGGAACUUAAGGGACUCAUAAUUACAGGGUCAAGUGUUUUAAUCGUGACUUUCUCUAAUUCUUUUAAUCUAGGAUUUCACAACGGAGUUAGUCACACACACACACACACACACCCCACCCCUUAUAUGAGAUGCUUGAUUUUAUUUAUUUGUUCCUUUUUUUCUUUUGAGUGUACGCUUUCCAUUGAACACUGUUUCCUCCGAUUUGCUUAUUCACUUUUCAGUACAGAAAUAUUCACCGAAAUUUGUGACUGCCUUUCUCCCCUUAUGAAUUAUGCUGUGAACUUUACACAUUUUUUUAAAUACCAAAGUAAUUGGGUUUUUUUUAUGGUUCUGUAACCAAUAAUGUAGCAGUUCACCACUCCAACACAGUGUUUUAUUAAAUGAUCAGUUUUGUCCAUACCAAAUGUCUAUCAACUAAUUUUGCGAAAUGGAAAUUUUUGCAAAGCUCGGUUGAAUUGUUAUUUGGUGAAACAUCAUGACCCUGUUCUCUUUGUUUUUAAUUUAA